CAUCUUUCCCGUCCUCGUUCUGUCGCAUGUUGGUUUCAUAGUUUGUGGCAUUCAUCUUGGUCUUCCCAUCUUCUUCAUUUGCACUCUGAACUUUACCUAUUCCUUGUUUUCUUCUGUACGCUCACUAUUGAUUAGCAAAAGUCACUGUCAAAUGUCAACCAGGCUCGUCUCGACGCUGUUGGCAAACCGAACGCGGACGCUGUCAAGUCGCAUCUUGCGACCUCUAUUACCUGCCGUCAAUCGCAUCCCGUCGAGCCUUCCAUCAUGUCUGCCACCUAUGCUGCCAAUUCGCUCCGCUGCCGCAUCCCUUUCCACCGCCGCCCCGCAACGCAUGGACGAUGAUCUAGACAACACGCCAACUGCAUGGGUAGAGCCGGAUAACAGAGUCACUAUCCGGUUCGGGGAUUAUGCAACAACGUCAUUCAACGGAAUCUGGCUUCGUGACCACUGUCGUUGCCCUUCAUGUUUUCAUGCCAUCACGAAGCAGCGCUUGAUAGAUACCGCCUCAAUUCCCUUGAACAUCAAGCCAUCUAGCAUGGCCGUGUCGCCUGAUGGCAAGACCAUCAAGUUCGUCUGGGAGGAUGAUGGACAUGAAAGCGUAAUGGAUUUGGCAUGGCUGAGACAGCAUUCUUACAAUCCCAAACUGGCAGAGAAGAAGUUGCUGCGGGAUAAACAACUGUGGGAUGCCAGUAUUGCAGAAUCGCUCCCGAUUGUCCAGUAUAAGGAUGUAAUGGCAAACGAAGAAGGAUUGGCAAAGUGGCUGGAACACAUUGAUGUGUACGGAAUAGGAUUCGUAGAUGGAGUGCCGGCCACCCCGGAAGCUACAGAACAGCUGGGUCGGCGGAUCUCAUUCAUUCGCGAAACGCAUUAUGGAGGAUUUUGGGACUUUACUGCCAAUCUCGAACACGGCGACACUGCAUACACGACUCUCGGUCUUCCUGCCCACACGGACACGACGUACUUUACGGAUCCAAUAGGACUACAACUCUUCCACCUUCUGGAGCACCGCGGAACAGGCGGUGAAUCACUUUACGUGGAUGGUUUCCACGUUGCACAUCAACUUCAAACACUGCACCCAUGGGCAUAUGAUAUUCUCUCCCGAACACGCAUUUCCUCCCACUCAGCCGGCGACAAAAGUACCUUGAUCGAACCUACAUACGGGCGACCUAUACUCAACCAUGACCCAACCACCAGAGAACUUUACCAAAUCCGAUUCAACAAUGAUGAUCGUUCCACAUUGGAUCAUCUUUCUGCAUCAGAAGUGCGAGACUUUUAUGCAGCCUUGAAGGAAUGGAUUAAAUUAUUGAGAGAUAAGCGGAAUGAAUUGUGGACUCAAUUAAGACCCGGUCGGGCUGUCAUGGUGGACAACUGGCGGGUAUUGCAUGGACGAGCAGCUUUUACUGGACACAGGAGAUUGACUGGUUGCUAUCAUAACUGGGAUGAUUACAGAAGCAGAGUGAAGACGGUUUUGGAUAAGAAGACUAUCUAGUUUUAGUUUGAAAAAGGAAGUUACAGUAGAAAGUAUGUAUUGUAUUGUUGGUUGCUUGCAAAGCCUAUUCAGCACAUUUGCAGCAAAUUAUACUGUGACAAGUCUUUUGGUUUCAACACGCACGUAAAGUGCACACUAUAAUAAUUAGAGACUAAAUUUGCUACACGA